AUGGCGCCCAUUGCUGUGACGCCGGAUAGCUCAACCGCCAGUCCUUCUGGCGACAGCUGGAACAGUUACUUUCACGUGCGUAAUGGUGACAGCCAUAACAACAUCAGCAACAACGGCCAUGAUCAUGGCGAAUACGCCCUCUCGGCAGCCGUAGGGAAUGACCAUGGCAGCUGGACUGCCGAACCUGGGAUCGGCUUGAGUUCCCCUCUCCCUCCCCCCGGCCAUGUUCAAAAUAUGCCCAUAGCCAUUGUUGGGAUGGCCUGUCGGAUGCCUGGCAAUGUCUCUACUCCGGCCGAAUUCUGGGAGCUCUGCACUAGGGCCCGGUCUGGCUGGUCCGAAACUCCUAAGCAGAGAUUCAACAGUGCCCGCUUCCAUCAUCCCAACCAGGGCAAAGGCGGCACUCUGAAUCCCGUCGGCGGCAACUUCUUGAAUGUCGACCUGGCUGCCUUUGAUGCACCAUUCUUUGGUUUGACUGAAAAGGAGGCCAUUUCCAUGGAUCCCCAGCAGCGUCUUCUUCUCGAAUGCACCUUUGAAGCCCUCGAAAAUGCUGGCAUACCAAAGCAUACCAUUGCCGGAAAGGACGUUGGCGUUUUUGUCGGCGGUUCCUUUCCCGAGUACGAAUCUCAUCUCUUCAGAGACCCAGAUACCAUACCUAUGCACCAGGCAACCGGUUGUGCAUAUGCCAUGCAGUCCAACCGCAUAUCGCACUUCUUCGACCUACGAGGCCCCAGUUUCACGGCCGAUACAGCAUGCUCCUCUAGCAUGGUAGCCAUACACCUGGCUUGCCAGAGCUUGCGAACCGGUGACUCUAGCGCCGCUUUGGUCGGCGGCUGCACGGGGUUUGGCCGUGGAGAGGGCUGUGGCAUGAUUGUCCUGAAGCCACUGGACCAAGCCAUAAAGGACAAGGAUUCCAUCAGGGCAGUCAUUGCCGCAACUGGUCUCAACCAAGAUGGCAAGACGCCCGGCAUCACUGUGCCACAUGGGCCAGCGCAAGAGGACCUCAUACGCAAAGUAUAUGGCAGGGCUGGCCUCGACCCGAAUUUGUGCGGCUUCGUCGAGGCCCAUGGAACUGGCACUAGGGUUGGUGAUCCCAUCGAAGCCACUGCCAUUCACAAUGUUUUGGGCCAAGAAAGAAGCCCACGCAACCCUCUAUGGAUCGGCUCUGUGAAAUCCAACAUUGGCCAUCUGGAAGGGGCCUCCGGUAUUGCCGGUGUCAUUAAAGCAGCCCUUAUGCUUGAGCGUGGCUUCAUCCUUCCAAACCAUGAUUUCAAGCAGCCAAACCCGAGGAUCCCCUGGAAAGAAUGGAAUUUAGAGGUCCCGGUGACCCAAAGGCCGUGGCCGCGCGGCAAAAAGUACAUCAGUGUCAAUAAUUUUGGUUUUGGUGGCACAAAUGGCCAUGUUGUACUGACAGCCGCACCAUUCCUGCGUUCCGGAACUUCGGGGUCCUCCCAUGAUGACACCCUCAUGGCUUCGGAUAAGUCAGGGCUGGGCCGCAAGCUUUACGUCGCCACGGCUCAUGACAAGGCAGCCCUUUCGCAACAGAUGAAGAAUAUCGUGGUCUACCUUGAGCAGAGGCCUGAGAUCUUCCAAGUAGAUCUAACCAGCAACCUGGCUUACACGCUUGUUCAGCGGUGGUCCCUCCUGCAAUGGGGAGCUGCCAUUCCCGCUAUCAACUCAUUUGAGUUAAUCGAAGCUAUCAAUGGAGAAAAGGCGAUAACCGGUAAAGCAACCGAGCCUCUUAGACUUGGUUUUAUUUUUACCGGUCAGGGUGCUCAAUGGUAUGCGAUGGGUCGGGAAUUGUACGAGCAAUAUACAACGUUCAGUGCGAGUAUUUUGCAGGCCGAUGCCUAUUUAAUCGCUUUCGGAGCGGAAUGGUCACUUGUUGAGGAACUCGGAAGAGAUGCCAAAACCAGCAGGAUCAGUGAGGCACACAUUAGCCAACCAUCAUGCUGGGGCCUGCGGCCAACUGCUGUUGCAGGCCACUCGAGUGGUGAGAUCGCUGCUGCAUAUGCUGCGGGCAUCAUUGACUUUGAAUCUGCCAUGGCAAUUGCCUAUCAUCGAGGUAGACUGAUUCCUAUCCUCAAAAUGAAGUACCCUGAGCUUCAGGAUCGCAUGAUGGCGGUUGGAGGAAGACUACAAGCGAAGGAAGUCCGGAUUGCUUGCUACAACAGUCCUUCCAGUUUAGCUAUUUCCGGCGAUGAACCUGCCUUGGCCGAAUUGGAGAGUAUUUGCGAGAAGAGGCAGCUGUUCAACAGGCGUCUGGUCGUCGACGUCGCUUACCAUUCCCACCACAUGAACUUGGUCGCCAAGGAUUACCGUGCUUCCAUCGCCAACCUUCAGCCGCCAGCUCGAACUGACGUGCAGUUUCACUCUUCUCUGUAUGGCCAUCCUGUUGACAGUACCGAUUUGCAGCCUAACUACUGGGUUGACAACUUGACUUGUCCUGUACGUUUCAGUGAGGCGUUGCAGAGCAUGCUUGCGCCGGUCGGCGAGCAUAAGCACGGGGUCAACAUGCUUGUCGAGCUCGGCCCCUAUUCCGGGCUUCAAGGACCUAUAAAGCAGGUACUCAAAGAGGUCGGUGGAAGUGCACCAAAAAUUCUAUAUGCUUCUGUUCUUGUUAGAAAACGAAACGCCGUCGAGACCGCUCUGGAAUUUGCCGCACAGUUGUUCACCAGAGGGGCAGACCUUGAUUUUGGUGCCGUCAAUUUCCCAAAGACAACCAAACCACCAACGCUGCUGACAGAUUUACCACAGUAUCCCUGGAACCAGUCAACCAGGUAUUGGCAAGAAUCUCGUAUGACAGAUAUGCAUAAGAACGCGGUUGGUUCAAGAAGCGACAUUAUCGGUACCUUGGCCAGCUACUCGAGCGAUUUAGAGCCCACAUGGCGCAACAUCGUUCGCCUGGACGACCUACCCUGGCUGCGCCAUCACAAAAUUCAAUCCUUGAUCAUGUAUCCCAUGUCCGCAUUUCUUGCGAUGGCUAUGGAGGCCGCCUCCCAGAGGGCAAGAAGCAAACACUGCUCAUUCGAUAGGUUUCAGAUGAGAGAUAUUGCCAUGAAAAAGCCCCUAGCGAUACCAGACAACGACAUCGAGGUUACAAUCAGUCUCCGUCCGCACCAGGAGGGUAUCUUUUCUUCAUCCGAGACGUGGGACGAGUUCAGGGUUUGCUCAUGGUCUUCUGGCCAAGGUUGGACAGAACAUUGCGUCGGUUCGAUCGCAACGUUGAAAAUUACAGACAAUGAUGUGGUACAGGGCCCACAGACUGAUGAUGGCUUUGAAGACCACCUACAUUCUGUCGCCCCCACCAUCGACAACGCACAAUGGGUCUCGAUCGAUCCCCAGCAUAUGUACGAGACCCUCAACAAGCUUGGGGUUGUGUACGGGCCUACCUUUCAAGGUCUCGACAAUAUCAACGUGUGCGAUACACAGUCAACCGGAGAUCUUGUUGCUCCAGAUGUCGCCAAAGAGAUGCCGGGUGGGUACCUGACCGAAGCCGUGAUACAGCCCGCAUUUCUCGAGUCGCUCAUUGGCAUGUACUGGCCGGUACUUGGGGCCGGACGCCGGCAAGUUGACACGAUUUACCUACCGUCCGCGAUUGAGUACGUGACCAUAUCUCGAAGGAUAACCCAGCUGGCAAGCGAGCCAGGAAAUACGCUGCGCGCCAUUUGCAAGGGCGAGGUCUAUCCUGGCAUUCAUCGGCCGUUCAAGGUUCACAUGGUUGCGGCCCCCGCGGGUUCUCUGGAGAGCAUAAUUGCAAUUGAUGGCUUGACAGUCUCUCCUGUGCUGAACGAUGAUACUCGAGAGAAAAACAACCCUCCCCGUGACCUCUGCUACAAACUUGAAUGGGAACACAUCUUGGAGCCUGAACAUAUGAGAAACCAGCUCCCUGUCGGUGCCCAAAUUGUGAUCAUUCACAAGGAUUCAAACUUUCAGUUGCUUGUCGCUCUGAGGUUGGCGAACGCACUUGAGCAAGCCAUGGGCAGAUUACCUGAAGUCGGUAAGCUUGACACAGUGGAUGCAAAAGGAAAGACUUGCAUCUUCCUAAAUGAGUUGCUUCGUCCUCUCCUGGCCACCCUUUCGCCAUCGCAGUUCUCUAGCUUACAAAAGCUUUUGACCGGGGUUGAAGCCAUUCUGUCCAUCCGUUCGGAAACUGCACUUCGGUUUGCUACACUAGAUCUCGUUGCGGUAUCUCCCCUCUCGGAAGCCAAGGCCGCAGAGAUGGCUUUUGGGUCUGCUUCUUCGUCGAUGAGUGAACUGGAGUUCAUGGAGAGGGGAAGAUCGCUUUUCACUCCGCGUAUCACCCAUGACAGAGAAACUGACCAAGAAGUGCAAACCUUGACAAAUUCAAGAGCAUUAGAGCCAACCGCUUUUGGUGACGACGGCCGACUUCUGAGGCCAGAGAUAUCUGCGCCCGGUGCUUUACAUACACUUCACUUCGUCGACGAUCACUCACUGGAAGUGCCACUAGCAAUUGAUCAACUUGAGAUUGAGGUCAAGGCUGUCGGCUUGAGUUUCCGGGACGCCAUGGCUGCAAAGGGCCAAAUUCCCAUCACCAUGUCGGGUGCUGAAGCAAGCGGGAUUGUCGUCGCUGUUGGGAGCAGUGUCUCCGCUUUCAAGGUUGGCGAUCGCGUUGCAGCGCUCACGCAAGGCGCUUUUGCGACACGAACGAGGGCAACUGCAAGCUUAGCAAUCAAGGUUCCAGGACACAUCUCCUUUGAAGCAGCUGCCACAUUGCCCCUUGGAUACUGCGUUGCGUACUACAGCCUGGUUGAUGUCGGGCGCUUGGCUGAGGGAGAAACAGUUCUCAUUCACCAAGCAGCAGGGGCCGUCGGUCAAGCAGCCAUUUGCCUCGCUCAGAUGAUUGGAGCUGAGAUUUUCGCAACGGUUGGGAGCGCUGAGAAGAAGGAGCUGCUCAUCAAUGAGUUCAGUCUUCCUUCCGAUCAUGUCUUGUACAGUCGCGACACUAGUUUUGGGCCUACUAUUCGCCGUGCUACAUAUGGCAGGGGUGUAGAUGUUAUCCUCAAUUCGCUGGUUGGCGAUGGCCUACGGGAAUCUUGGGAAUCUCUCGGCAAGUUUGGACGGCUCGUGGAUAUAGGCAAGCGAGACUCUGCCUCAGAGUCUCGAACCGAAGUAUCCGCUGCCAAGAGAAACGCUAGCUUUGUUUCUGUUGACAUCUUUGCUCUGUUGGCCGAACGGCCGAAGGUUCUCAAACGCGUGUUUGCCGAUGUUGCCCGACUUCUCAGAUAUGGAAAGGUUCGGUCGGCGAGCCCGCUUACUGUCUUUCCAGUUUCGGAUAUUGAGGGGGCCUUGAAGAUGCAACAAAGCGGCUCGACUAUGGGCAAGGCAGUGGUGGCUCUAAGUAGGUCUGAUUUUGUCAAGGCCCCGCCAUCACGUCGGUUAAAGGACCUCCUUCAUUCCGAUGCAACAUAUAUCUUGGUUGGCGGCACCGGUGGUCUCGGAAGGAGUAUUGCGCGAUGGAUGGCAGGAAAGGGGGCGCAAAACAUCGUUCUUGUCUCGAGAAGCGCUUCCGUUAUCGGCAAGGUCAAGGAACUUGCCGAAGACCUCUCUAUGCUGGGAGUGAGCGUUCAUGUCCGCCGCUGCAAUGUGGUCAACGAGACUGAAGUGGACGAGCUCAUUCGAACUGGGCUACAGGGGCUACCCCCUAUUAGGGGUAUUGUGCUGGGCACGAUGGUAUUACACGACGUUCUGUUCGAGAAAAUGACAUGGACUGACUAUACCGAAGUCAUCAACGGUAAAGUUCAAGAUGGUUGGAACUUUCACCGUGCAUUGUUGACCUCGCCACUUGACUUCUUCGUGGCCAUUUCUUCCGCAGCUGGUGCCGUGGGGAACCGUGGGCAAGCGGCAUAUAGUGCCGCAAAGUGCUUCCUGAAUUCUUUGGUCCAGUACCGGCUUGCCCAUGGUCUUCCCGCGUCAUCUCUUGACCUCACCGCUGUUUUCGAUUCCGGCUAUCUGGCUGAAGACCCGGAAAAGGCUGCUGAGGUAGCCCGGAAUCUUGGUAGCGAUACGAUAUGCGAGGCAGAAGUCCUCGCCCUGUUGCAUGCCGCCAUUAGUGGAAAGCUCACGUUGGCCUGCAACAAUCAUACGAUUACCGGCAUGCGUAUUACCUCGACAAUGCGACCGUUCUGGGCCGAUGAUGCAAAAUUCAAGGCUAUGCGCAUGGCAGCAGAGGAUGAGGCGGCAAAGAAUGCAUCAAUGAACAUGGUUGUGUCGUUCAGUGCAUCUUUGCAGAAUGCCAAAUCACUCACCGAGGCCGAAGACGUCGUCUGCAAAGGACUGGUAAAGAAGAUUUCGUCUGUGUUAAUGCUUGAUGCGGAGGACGUAGAUAUCACACGAUCUCUCUCACACUAUCCCCUUAAUUCUUUGGUUGCUAUCGAGAAUCGCAACUUUAUUACCCGUGACUUUGAAGCGAAUCUUCAGGUGCUGGAGCUUCCAUCAAGCGGGUCGAUUCAAACAUUGGCAAAGGCGGUAUGUGCAAAGUCUAAGAUCGUCUCAUUCCAAGGAUAG